AUGAUACAAUUGGGUGGCUGUCAGGCCGCCAAACGCCGCUUUGUUAUGGAAGUUCAUAAUUGCACCUGCAUUCGCUUCUCUUCUCCUUCGAAACUCUUUGAAUGCGAAUAUCAAAAAUUGACCAAAGGUCGUUAUUCCAUCAGUUUAAUGUUUGAAUUGGAACGAGCAUUAACUCGACAAGCCGAAAUCGAAUUGCAGAUAACUUAUAGGGUUAAACAGGGACGUACCAUAGUAACCUUCACCAAUGUCAAGUUGAAAGUCUGUGAUGUUCUGACCCAUGCCCAAGGUCUACCCGUGAUCAAGGAUCUUAUGGAAAGUUUUAACCGAUGUAGCAAUCUACCAAUUAUGUGUCCUAUUCUAGGGAAUAAAAUGUAUAACAUAACCAAUGUGAUUGUAAACGAGGAGCUGUUUCCUCCCUAUACACAGUUCAUGGAUUUUAAUUUCACUGUGAAUUUCUAUGACAAUGGCAAACUCUUUUCCACAUACAAGUUGGAAGGUUCCACAGUGAAGCGUUCGUAA